CAGUUUUUUUUAUUAAUAAAAAACUUCAAUUCCCAGAAUGCAGCGCGGGCACCAUCCGCUCACAUUCGGAGAGGCGGAUCGGCUUCGGCCGCGCUCGGUCUUCGCCAUAACUGGGUAACGGCGGCUGCUGUUGUCGGCUCUGGAGCCUGAGCUGGGUGAAUCAGGAUGGGCGACAAACCGAUCUGGGAGCAGAUUGGAUCCAGCUUUGUGCAGCAUUACUACCAGCUGUUUGACACAGACCGGACCCAGCUGGGAGCAAUAUACAUUGAUGCAUCAUGCCUUACAUGGGAAGGACAACAAUUCCAGGGAAAAGCAGCGAUAGUCGAGAAACUGUCAAGCCUUCCCUUUACAAAAAUCGCUCACAGCAUAACGGCACAGGACCAUCAGCCUACACCUGACAGCUGUAUACUAAGUAUGGUUGUAGGACAGCUAAAGGCCGACGAGGACCCUAUCAUGGGGUUCCACCAAGUGUUCCUCCUGAAGAACAUUAAUGACGCCUGGGUGUGUACCAAUGAUAUGUUCCGGCUGGCACUACACAAUUUUGGCUAAACGUGGGAGGCUGCACACGCCACAAGGGUGUGUGGACGGUGGCUCCCAGCCAUUCACCCUCUGCCUGCCCCGCCCCACCUUGUCUUGCCCCACCCCAACCUGCCCUGCCAUCACCCCCUCCCACCUCCACCUCUGACAUCUGGCUGCCUUUGUGGCAUCGCCCCCCACAUCCAUCCACGCCUCUCCGAGAAGUGUUCUGCUCCUACACCAGGAUCCCCAAUGAGCACCGUUCACGACGGCACUGAAUCCGGAGCCGCACUAGUUGGCGGCUGGGAUUGAGCCGUGAGGCCGCCAUGCUGUGUAGUACAGACUGAUGCGCUCCAUAGCCGCGACGCUGUGGUCUUUCCGCGGUAAUGAGCCAGACCUGCUGCGCCGCACUGUCCUGCAUGCUGUUGGGAUGCUCCAACACCUGCAUCUGGGAGAUGCCAAGGGAAACAAAACUCUCCUACCUUCACAAUAUUUUGUAUUUUAAUUUUAUUCCUGUAUUUUCCCUAAUUCUUGUUUCCCCGAUAGUUCAGUGUGAUGUUGCCAGCAUGCCUUAGUCAUUGUACUUACUCUUUUAUCGAAAUAAGAAGCUAUAAUUUUUUUAUGUGCUUCACUGGUUGCUCUAGCGAUCCAAAGAACCAAACCAUGUCUAAACCCACUCUGCUCCCUGCUGACUCCACCUCCCUGCCCUCUCUCCCUCUCUCCACUGCCAGGAUGACAUCUGAAGCCGCAACACAAUAAACCCUGACUUUUUUCUUAA